AUGUCAGAUUCCAACACAACUACCUUCACCAACCCCUCCAUCUUCAUCCUAAUGGGCAUCCCUGGCCUGGAGACAUCCUACAUAUGGAUCUCCAUCCCCUUCUGCACCAUGUACAUCAUAGCAGUCUUGGGGAACUUCACCAUUAUGUUCAUCGUGAAGACAGAGCAAAGCCUCCAUGAGCCCAUGUACUAUUUCCUCUGCAUGUUGGAAAUCAUUGAUCUCAUCUUGUCUACAUCGACCUUGCCCAAAACACUGAGCAUCUUCUGGUUCAAUUCCAGGGAGAUCGAUUUCAACGCCUGCCUCACCCAGAUGUUCUUCAUUCACUGCUUCUCAUCAAUGGAGUCUGGAAUCCUUGUGGCCAUGGCGUUGGAUCGCUACGUGGCCAUCUGUGAUCCCCUGAAACAUUCCACCAUCCUGACCAACCGGAUGGUGGCCAAGAUUGGUCUGGCUGUGGGGCUGCACAGUAGCAUUCUCGCGCUGCCCUACCCUUUCCUAACAAGGCACUGGUCUUAUUGUAAAACCAACAUCAUCCCCCACUCAUACUGUGCGCACAUUGCCGUGGUGAAGCUGGCCUGCACUGACACCCAACUUAGUAGUUACUACAGCCUCUUUGUGCUCUUCUCUGUAAACGGUGUUGAUGUCAUUUUUAUCAUUGUGUCCUACACUCAGAUCCUCAGGGCCAUCUUCCGCCUCCCCACCAAGGAGGAUCGGCUGAAGACUUUUGGGACCUGCGGCUCCCACCUCUGCCCCAUCUCAGCUUUGUACAUCCCAGAUUUCUUCUCUGCGCUCACACACUGGUAUGGCCACAAUGUUCCCCUUCAUUUUCUCAUUCUCUUUGCCAAUGUGUAUCUCCUGAUGCCUCCCAUGCUACACCCCAUCAUCUAUGGGAUGAGGACCAAACAGAUCCGGGAUAAGCUGCUCCAAUUGUUUACACGUAAAGAGAGCUAA